ACUCAAAAAAAGAAGAUGCUGAUACUGAGGAGCUCUGAUGGAGAGGAGUUUGCCACACAAGAAAACGUCGCUGUGAAGUCUACAACCAUCAAGAACAUGGUCGAAGACGGUUAUGUUUUGAAUGUUAUUCCCGUGCCUAACGUAGACGCUAAGACGUUGGCGGUGGUAAUUGAAUACUGCAAGAAGCAUGCAGAAUCAGAGGCCAAGGAAGCAGCCAGAGAUCUAAAAAAGUUUGACUCGGAGUUUUUGGACAGAGACCAAGAAGUUCUCUGUGAUCUGAUAAUGACAGCGAACUUUCUGGAUGUUAAGGAGUUGCUGGUAGCACUGUGCCAGACAGUAGCGGACAUGAUCAUAGGAAAGUCGCCUGACGAGAUUCGCAAAAUUUUCAACAUCAAGAACGACUCCACCCCCGAGGAAGAAGAGAAAAUUCGAAAGGAGAAUUCAUGGGCUUUCGAGUGAUCCAGGAUGAUGAUUUUAAUCUUUUUUUUAGGCUAGAUAUUUGCCAAUUUUUGUUUUCAUUUAAAAGGACAUGCACUGAUCGAUCAA